UAUUGACACUGGCUGGCGGACACACGAUGACACCCAGCGGUUAGCGCCGGUGGCGUCACUUUUAAAGACGCUGUUGUUGAUACAAAACGGAUGAUAACAAUCGAAACAUAUGGCUAAAAGAUCCCAGAUAGAAACUCAACAACUUCCAACCUCGUCCGUCUCUUGAAGGCCGCACAAAGAGCGAGAGAUCUCUUGAAGGACCACUGAAGAAGAAGAUGUUGAGGCGAAAGCCAUCCAAUGCCUCGGAGAAGGAGCAGGUGCAGGUGCAGAAGAAGAAGCUCACUCUGCAGAGGUCCAGCAGCUUCAAGGAUUUUAUGAAGCACAAACCCACCUCUCCUGUUGUGUCGGAGAAGGAGUUCACCUUGGAGGAGCAUGUGGCAGACGGUGUAACAGCCGAGGAAACGGUGAAAAGUGGCAGCAAACUGGGAAAGAAAUGGCGCAACGUCAUCUCACGUACCAUGACCCGAAAAACCUCCAAGAUGGUGCAGAAGGCUCUGGCAGAAGAGGGGGGAGAAAGUGGUGAGGACAUGUCUCCGGUCUCUGCUGAUUGGCUUCCAGAUCUGAUGGCAGGACAGAGGACGUCCGUGUGUUCCACGGGGUCAGAGGACACGACACCCAGCCUCAUCAGCCGCCAGCUCUCAGGCGGUAGCGACAGACAGAGCCAGGACAGUGGGUACUGCCAGAGGGACAGCAUGAGGCUGGAGGAGAACGGCGUCUCUUACAACGGACCUUUCUGUGGUCGAGCUCUCGUCCACACUGACUUCACUCCCAGCCCCUACGACGUGGAGUCGCUCAAGCUCUGUAAAGGAGACAUCAUCUACGUCAUUGAGAAGCCUCCCGUGGGGACCUGGACAGGGAAGCUCAACAACAAAAUGGGCUCCUUUAAGUUCAUCUACGUCAACCUGCUGCCUGACGAGAGCCCCCCGGUCAGGAGGAGACGCUGCGACAGCAAGAACCGCCGAUCCAAAAUCAAACCCAAAACCCUGGAGGAGGUCCUGGACGGCAUCGGUCUUACUGAGCUGAGUUCUUUGCUGUCCAUGCACGGCUUUCAGAGCCUGGAGGACUUUGCGGGACUGAAGGAGUCUCACCUCAACGAGCUGAACAUCACAGACCCGGACAAGCGCUCCAAGAUCCUGAAUACCUCCGAGCUGCUGAGAGACUCUGAAGACGAGUCUGAGCCAGAAGUGGAGGUCAGAUCUGGGGAGGACGCCAAGGAGCCGAGGGAUUCAGGCUGUUACGAGAGCUCGGAGAUCCUGGAGAACGGACGAGAGGAACCAAAGAGGGAGGAGGAUGCAUCAGCAUCAGAGGAGCAGACUAACCAGGAGGAGAAGGAGGCAGAGAAACAGGAGCAAGAGGAGAAGCAAACCGAGCAGCUGGACGCUCUGCAGGAGCAGCUGGAGGAGCUGACGGUGGACGAAGGAUCCUGAGAAGUAACGGAAAAACAUUUAUGAUAUUAUUAUAUCAGGGACUCUGUGGACGGAGGUGUAACGCCAUUAAAAUGUCUCUUCAUUAUAAGAGAACGGACCGGUGACAGGAACACAAUGUAAUGUUCAAAUACAGUUUGAACAUGAUGGAUUCGUUAUCCACAGUUUGCUUGUGCUGUUGAGCAAACAGCAGAGUUUCUGAGUCCGCUGUUUAAAUGACCACGAUGUUGUUGUGCCACCGGAAGAUAUCAUGUUUGUUUAUAACGGCACCAAAGAAGCAUUUAAAAGUGUUCUCUCUCUUUAUUAUGACUGUCUUAAAUGUUUUCAUGUCGUGCAUGUCGUGCAUGUCGUUAAAUACAAAUACGAAUGUAAAAUAUUUUCACGUAUUUUUGCAUGUAACUUGAAUCUAAUUUUUACGUUCAGCUUUUACUUGUGUUUUGUGGUACUUUUCACUGAUACUUACUGUAUGUAUGUCACGUUAUGAGAAGGUUGUUAACCGUUGCUGUAAAUAGAAUUUGAAUAAAACAGAAUUCACUGAGA